AUGGGUAAGGAGAAGACUCACAUUAACAUUGUGGUUAUCGGCCACGUAGACUCGGGCAAGUCCACCACCACUGGCCAUCUCAUCUACAAAUGUGGCGGCAUCGACAAGAGGACUAUCGAGAAGUUCGAAAAGGAGGCUCAGGAAAUGGGCAAGGGUUCCUUCAAGUAUGCUUGGGUAUUAGACAAGCUAAAAGCUGAGCGUGAGAGAGGUAUCACGAUUGACAUAGCGCUGUGGAAAUUCGAAACAGGCAAGUACUACGUAACAAUCAUCGAUGCGCCCGGUCAUAGAGACUUUAUCAAGAACAUGAUCACCGGCACGUCCCAGGCCGACUGCGCGGUUCUGAUUGUGGCUGCGGGGACAGGCGAGUUCGAGGCGGGUAUCAGCAAGAAUGGACAAACACGCGAACAUGCUCUUCUCGCCUUCACCCUCGGUGUCAAACAGCUUAUCGUUGGCGUUAACAAGAUGGACUCCACUGAACCACCAUACCACGAGGCACGCUACGAGGAAAUCAAGAAAGAAGUGUCUUCUUAUAUCAAAAAAAUUGGUUACAACCCCGCCACGGUGGCAUUCGUGCCAAUCUCUGGCUGGCACGGCGACAAUAUGCUGGAGCCCUCUGACAAAAUGCCCUGGUUCAAGGGCUGGACCAUCGACCGCAAGGAAGGCAAGGUCGAGGGCAAGACCCUGAUUGAGGCUUUGGACGCGAUUCAACCUCCAUCCCGACCUACGGAGAAACCGCUGCGUUUGCCUCUCCAGGAUGUGUACAAGAUAGGAGGUAUAGGCACAGUUCCCGUGGGGCGAGUUGAGACUGGAAUCCUCAAACCUGGAAUGGUGGUGGUGUUCGCACCUGCUGCCAUCACCACUGAGGUGAAAUCAGUGGAGAUGCACCACGAGGCUCUGCAGGAAGCCAUGCCAGGAGACAACGUGGGAUUCAAUGUUAAGAACGUCUCUGUGAAGGAGCUGCGUCGCGGCUAUGUCGCUGGUGAUUCCAAGAACGCCCCUCCGAAAGGUGCUUCUGAUUUUACGGCUCAGGUGAUCGUGCUGAACCAUCCAGGUCAGAUAAGUAACGGCUACACGCCUGUGCUGGACUGCCACACGGCGCACAUCGCUUGCAAAUUCGCCGAGAUCAAGGAAAAGUGCGACCGCCGUACUGGUAAAACUACGGAGGUGGACCCGAAGUCCAUAAAGUCGGGUGAUGCAGCCAUAGUGACUCUGGUUCCGACUAAAGCGCUGUGUGUAGAGUCGUUCCAAGAGUUCCCGCCGUUGGGCCGUUUUGCUGUGCGUGAUAUGCGUCAGACCGUCGCCGUAGGAGUCAUCAAGAGCGUAACCUUCAAGGAAGUCACAACAGGCAAAAUUACUAAGGCUGCCGAGAAGGCCCAGAAGAAAAAAUAA